AUGGAAGUAACCGCUCACUUAAAUCAAAGACCAGCCAGUAAGAAGAAUGGACGUGGAGCAUCCAUCGAGUAUUCACAAACAAAUUGUGAAUGUAAAACAAUACCAAUCAAUUUUUCUCAAAUUCAAAAUAGUUGUCGAAUUUUAAGCAUUGAAAUUUUACCUAAAUUUAACAGUCCACCAUCGAUUAUUUUUGGUUAUGUAAAAGGAACGAAUAGCGAUGAUAGUUCAAGUUUUCAUUUGGAUCGUUAUCAAAUGUCCACUAUAGAUCAAGGACAGAAAGUUAUAUCACAUCCUUGUGUAUUACAAUUUCCUCCUAAAUUCAUGAAGACAAUUACAACAAAAAAUUUAUCAACAAACGAAAUGGAAACAAUUUUACUUAUAGGUGGUGGUGAACGGUUGGCAUGUUUCGCAGAUAGAUCAGAACGUUUGAUUGAUGCAACAAAAUCAAUUGAAAUCUAUUUACCAGAAUUGAAAAAUUUGGCUGGCAAUGUGUCAUCGAUGGAUAUAUUAUUGAUCAGUGAUGAAACACAAAAAAUGAAACAACGUUUAAUUAUAUGUGGACAUUCGAAUGGAUUUUUAAAUUUAACAAUUAAUGAUUUUCAAACAGGAGAAAUAAUUCAUAGAUCUAAUGAACAUGAUAGUUUUAUUAGUUCUGUAAGAUUCUUCUAUCAUAAUUAUAAACCAAUUGAAGGUGAAGAGCCAAAUUUACUUGUGACAAGUGCUCUCGAACAAGCCGUUGUUUACCGUGAUGUGUUAUCGACACAUUUCUUGGAUCCAGUCGUUUUAGCUACAACAGAUACACGUGAUUGUGUUACAUCAAGUUGUAUUGUUGAUAUUGAUUUAGAUGGAAAAAAUGAAAUAUUAUUGGGAACAUAUGGAGACACUUGUUUUAUUUGUCGUCUUCCAUCGGUUGUAGAACAACAAUCACCAAAAGGACUUAGUUUAAUCAGUGAGGAAUCACCGUUAUAUCGAACAUUAACGUUGGCAGCAUCAGCCUAUUCAUUGGUGUGUGUUGACUUUACAAAUGAUGGUUUAGAUGAAAUAAUUAUUGCUACAACAAAAGGUUUACAUAUUCAUCAAUUAGGUCUGGAUGAAGUUAUGUAUAUAUUAAACAAUCGAAUGGAGAUAAAGAAACAACUAUCAUUAACAAAGACUAAUGAAAAGAAUUUAUCGCUUAUUUCUUAA